AUGUCCAGUCGCCAUGUCCCUACCAAACGUCCCCAGUCCGGCGUGUUAUUCUCGGUCACAUCUGGAGUUUUAUUCUCAGCCCCAGACGAGACACAGCGUGUCCCUCCUGAUGAACCCUCCCGGUAUCCAAAAAGGUUAAAGACGAAUAACUUCCAAAAGAGGAUUCCCGGUGUUCGAAGUAGGAAAGCUCGCAAUUUUUCCUACAGCAAUACUCCUACUCUAGAUCACCCAGUGUCUCUCGCCAUGUUUGCCAAGUAUGAUGACCAUUCGCAAUAUAAAUCAUCGUUCAUGGCUGGCCCCUCGCAUAAGGAGAAGAAGGCCACUUUGUGUCUCACUGCACUCAAUGUGUCCUCAACUACCAUCAUUGAAGGAACAUUUUCCCGUACAACACUUACACAGAGGUUCCACAACCCUUCACAAAUGACCAUUAACGAGGCACGACACACAUUCCCGCUGUACGAUGGCGCUGUUAUUACAGAUUUCCAGUGUACAAUUGGCGACGAGCGGCGUCUCCGAGGCGUCGUCAGGUCGAAGGAACAAGCUCGUCAAGAAUACAAAAAGGCAGUACAGGAGAAGGUCAAGGCUGCUGCACUUCUCGAAGAGCAUACACCAGAAAUAUUCGAGACAUCGCUUGGUAAUAUCCCUCCAAUGAAGACAAUUGAAGUUAAAAUUGUUUAUAUUCAAGAGCUGGAAGUGGUUAUGACGGAAGGCGAAUCUACCGAGGGAGUGGCGUUUAUUCUUCCAACAUGCGUCGCACCGCAUUACAGCAGGUUCCAGCCAGCAUCGGAAAUCACCUACGUCGGACUGGACAUCAAGCUCCUGGUUUUGAACGAUGGCAAGGUAAUAGAAUCUCCGCAAAGGUUAGAUGGCAACAGAGAACCGACCCCCGAAGAAUUCUAUUGUUGGGACCAUCAUUCCGAACAACCAACGUUGAGGGAAGACUUCGUGUUUAUCAUUCAGAUGAAAAAGGGUCAUGAAAUACAGUCUAGGGCUAUGUUGUGUGCGCCGGAUGAUACAGGUCUGGCUGCGAUGAUGGUUAGCAUUCGACCAUGUGACAUGUUCCGAAAUGCUGUCGUUCCUCAGUCAUUCUCGGGAAAGAUCCUCUUCCUCCUUGAUCAGUCAGGUUCCAUGAAUUACAGGGUAGGCAACUACCAUGGACCAAGGAAGAUCGAUGUUUUACGGGAAGCAAUGCUAUUGGUGAUCUCAGGUCUCCCCACGACAUGCUCUUUCAACAUAGUCUCUUGGGGCUCAGAAACAUGGAGAAUGUGGGAACAGUCCAGGGAACACUCACCUGAUAAUGUCAAGGAAGCCAAAGAAUACAUGUCUAGAGUCGAGGCGAACCUGGAAGGAACAGACCUACUUCGGGCAUUCAAAUCUACCGUUCUACGUCGACGAGUUGAUACCAAUUCAACACAGAUUAUAAACAAGAUCCGGUUCUUUGCCCUAGGUAUUGGUGGCAACGUUCCUCAUAGUCUCGUUGAGAGCAUUGCAGAACUGGGAGGUGGGUUUGGCGACAUCGUUGAUACUACCCAGAACCCAAGAUGGCAUAGCCGGUUGAAUCGACUAUUUAGGUCAUCAUUGGCGCCGGACAGCUGGGAUUGUGAUAUCCAUAUCAGUCAUCACUUUGAGCGGCGCAGUCUGAUGGACUUCAGACUCAAUAGCAAUACCUCGUAUUCACAACGAGUGUCUUACUUCCAGGUUUCCCAUACUACCGCUGCCCUUCACCCAUUCAAAUUCACCUCAAUCUUCUUCCUAAUGGACAUUAAGGACAGUGGCGUUUUUCCAAGCGAGAUCACCAUCACCGCCGUGACACAUGGAGAGAAGAAUAACACAUACAGACUUCCAGUAAAACAGACAACAGGCCGAGAUGGGACAAUGCAUCGACUGGCAGCGAAGGCCACACUGACGGAUCUGGAAGACCUCGUCAAACGGGAUGAUUCCAACUCACUCCUCAUUGACGAGAAUGCUCAAACAAUCGGGACUAAAUGCUCGAUAACCAGCAAGUGGACGAGCUUCGUAGCUGUUCCUCAGGAUGAGCCUGCCACUACUAAAGAGGGUAGUAUGGUAGAGCACUACAAAGCAAUGUAUGAGGGUGUUGAUUUCAGCGAACUCCUCACGAUGGCGCAUCCGGAGAGUGAUGACGAUAUAGAGUUCGGCUACAAUACAGAUUCUUCAUUAUCCUCUUCUGUAGCACCAGAGAAGCGGUCUUACCCUUCUGUUGGAAAGGCCAGUUACUCUUCAGUCCCUCCGCGUAUCAUGCCAUUUCCACAUUCCAAGUACCCUUCGGUGUUUAGACAAACACUCCCUUCACAUGGCAUCAUCUCUCGGCAUGCCAAUUACCCUUCAAAGACAUCUACGAAUGGAGACUUACUGGGCACUCGAUACCCAGGAACUGGAAUUCAUUCAACGAAUACACAAUCCCUUCCGUUUGGCGCGUGUCACCACGGUAGUGCCGGAUUACCGCGGGUCAAUUAUAAGGUAGGGUCAGAACGCACUAAACGACAAGUGAGGAACGAAAAUCCUCAUAUUAAAAGAAAGUUCAAUAAUUACCUAUCCAAAUCCAAAACCGAAAAAGCAAGUGCCACGUCAUUGUCUCCAAGAAUCAUUGACCCUCUCAACUGGAAAUUCGCUGUUAAACACCAGAAUGGGCAAGUCUUAUUCGAGCUGCCCGAGCCGGCAAAGGGGUUAUUACAUCUUCACUUUUGUCCCAACACGGCACUGAAGGUUGUUGAAAAGCUGAAGGGACUUAUGCAAAUAGAAACAGGUUCGAAGGCCGUACUUGUCGAGACAGUCAUGAUAAUCAUGUGCUAUGAGACACAUAUAGCUCUCGAGGAAGAUAUCUGGGAUCUCAUGAUGGGAAGGGCACGAGAUGCCGUCACAAAAUUCAUGGGGGAGGAUUUUUUGGAAUAUUUGGAGGGACUUCUCAACGCAGCGAUGAUGCAUAAACAUUACAAAGCCGUGACCGGAGGAAAUGGUAAUGGAGAUGGAGUUAAGGGCAGUGCAUGCCCCGUCUGUCAUAUUCAAUGGCAAAGUUCACGGACGUUCUUUUGUCCUUUUGACCAUGAGCCUGGCACGCCUCAUGUCUUUCAGGAAUGGGCAGAGUUUUGGGAGCACCAGAAAGAGAAGGGACAUAUGGUCUGUCCCAGGGAACCUACUAGGGUUUAA